CUAUUUAGUUGCAUUCUUACCUUUCUAAGCAUAGAAGAUUAAGUUAGAUUUGCAAUAUGCUGACCAUGUCAUUGAUCUGGGGAGUUGUUAUAGCUGUGUGUUGCUGUUUGUGGCUUGUUCUCGGAAAGAGAAGAAGGCAAAUAGGUGAACCACCUCUGGAGAAUGGGUUAAUUCCAUAUUUUGGAUGUGCUCUGCAAUUUGGUGCCAAUCCUCUUGAGUUCCUGAAAGCAAAUCAAAGGAAACAUGGUCAUAUUUUCACCUGCAAACUAAUGGGAAACUAUGUCCACUUUGUAACAAAUCCCUUGUCAUACCAGAAAGUAUUAUGCCAUGGGAAAUAUUUUGACUGGAAAAAAUUUCACUUUACUACUUCUGCAAAGGCAUUUGGGCACAGAAGCAUUGAUCCAAAUGAUGGAGACACAACUGAAAACAUAAACAAGACUUUAAUCAAGACCCUACAGGGUGAUGCCUUAAAUUCCCUCACAGAAACAAUGAUGGAAAACCUCCAACGGGUCAUGAGACUUCAAGUCAUCCCUAACUCACAGCCCAUGUGGAGAACAGAAGGGCUGUAUUCCUUCUGUUACCGAGUGAUGUUUGAAGCUGGAUAUAUAACACUCUUUGGCAGAGAUAUUACAGGGCAAGAUACACAAAAAGCACUUAUUCGUAAUCACCUUGACAACUUCAAGGAAUUUGACAAAAUCUUUCCAGCUUUGGUAGCAGGUCUCCCCAUCCACAUGUUCAAGACUGCACAUCACGCCAGGGAAAAACUGGAAGAGAGCUUCAAGCAUGAGAACCUGGGGAAAAGAUACCACAUGUCAGAACUGAUAAGGUUUAUGAAUGACACACUGUCUACCUUAGAUGACAUGGAGAAGGCCAAGUCACACGUCGCUCUACUCUGGGCUUCAUUAGCAAACACCAUUCCUGCUACAUUCUGGAGCUUGUUUCAUAUGAUUAGGAACCCCGAAGCAUUGAAAGCAGCUACAGAAGAAGUGAAGAAAACUCUGGAGAAUGCUGGUCAAAACAUCAGCUCUUGGGACCAUCCUAUUUCCUUGAGUCCAACACAACUGAAUGACAUGACUGUGCUAGACAGUAUCAUCAAGGAGUCUCUGAGGCUUUCUAGUGCCUCCCUGAACAUUCGGCCUGCUAAAGAGGAUUUCACUUUGCACCUUCAGGAAGGUUCCUUUAAUAUUCGCAAAGAUGACAUCAUAGCACUUUAUCCACAACUAAUGCAUUUAGAUCCAGAAAUUUAUCCGGACCCUUUGACUUUUAAAUAUGAUCGCUAUCUUGAUGAAGAUGGGAAGAUAAAGACUGCCUUCUACAGAAAUGGACACAGGUUAAAAUAUUAUUAUAUGCCUUUUGGAUCAGGAGCCACAAUAUGUCCUGGAAGAAUAUUUGCUGUCCUGGAAAUCAAGCAAUUUUUGAUUUUGAUGCUUACCUAUUUUGAGCUAGAGCUGGUGGAAAACCCUGUUAAAUGUCCCCCUUUGGACCAGUCCCGUGCAGGUUUAGGCAUUUUACCACCAUUAAACGAUGUUGAGUUUAAAUAUAAACGCAAAUGUUCCUGAGAAUGUAAUUAGAGAGAGGUGAUAUCACAGGACUGAAGAACACAUUGUAUAGCUCUCUCUUUGGACAGAUACCUUAACUGGUAGUGAAAGUGAUAUAGCAAGUCUAAUUCUUGAUCACUGACCUUUGCUUGUGAAUCUGAAUAUUUGGGUGACAGUUUCUAGAUUCCAUCUCAGUCUAUGCUGGUUAGAAGCACAACUGUUUUUGUUUGAAUUAGUGAACGGUCAUAUAACCAGGACUGAACUUCAUUUUUUUCACCCAGAAGAAAAAGCUUUUUGUUUGUCCAGAAUGAAGAUACUCCAAUUGGCAGUCUUUUUUCCUAAGGAAAUGAACUUAUUUUUAUAAAAGUUAUCUAGUAAAUUUGAAAAAGUUACAAAUUCACGUUUUAGUGAAACCAUGAUUUUUUAAUAAGAAGAAAAUAUCUUUUCAUUUUCCCUAUAUCAAGUAUUCACACUUUUAAAAAUAAUAAUAUACUAAUUUCUGAACUACAUUAAAGAUAGUUUAAUAUUUCCAUUUAAAGUCAGGGUUCAACUAUCUUAACUAUGUUUUCAUUGGAGUUCAUUUAGUGUGUAUUUUUUUUCAGAAAAGGCAAUUAUUUUCUGGCAUCACUAAACCUGAAUCAAUUAAAAGAAUAUAGGUUUUAUGUGGCAUAUUUUUAAGUUAAAAUAAAUAUUAUCCCUAUUAAGAGAAAACAGUCAUUUAAAUAGCUUUUAAAUAGCCAUUUAAAAGCAUUGGGUGUAAAAUGUGGGACAUAGAGAUCAUUUAAUAUAAUCUAGUAUUGUACUUUAAAUACUUUUUAUAUUUCAAUAUCAUUCAAUUGAAGAAAAUAUAAUUUAAGGUGGGGCUGGAGCGAUAGCACAGUGGUAGGGCGUUUGCCUUGCACGCAGCCAACAUGGCUGACCUGAGUUCGAUUCCUCCGCCCCUCUCGGAGAGCCCGGCAAGCUACCGAGAGUAUCUGGCCCGCACGGCAGAGCCUGGCAAGCUCCCCGUGACGUAUUCGAUAUGCCAAACACAGUAACAACGAAGUCUCCAAUGGAGACGUUACUGGGCCCGCUUGAGCAAAUCGAUGAACAACGGGAGGACAGUGACAGGACAGUGAUAAUUUAAGGUUAUUUGAUAACCUUUAAUGUGUAUUACAGUGCUGAGGUGAGGUAUUUUAUGUACUGGAGUUAUCAGUUAUAUUUUAUUGAUAUUUCUGUAUGUAUUUAUUUGUAAAUUAUGCUUACUUAUUUCUUGUAUUACAAAUAUUUCUGUACUAGAAAAUAUUGUUAAAUUCUAUAAUUUUUAAAUGAUUCACCUUUCAGAAAUAUGUGUGAAUGUUUUAAAUUUUAUAUUAAGAAUACUAAAUACAUUCAUCUGAAAAGCUGCAAGAAUUGUGUUCAAAAUUUAUUCCUUAUAAGAAGCAAAAUUGUCAUUCACUUAAAAAUUUCUCUACCAAUCAUGAAAUUUAUUAAUUAAAAAAAUCUUGUUAUUUAAUAUUAUCACAAAAUUACCUGUUACAUACAUUAAUUUCAUAGUGAGAAAAUUAAACUCUUUCAGAUGUAGGUCAUGAUCAAUAAAACUGUUUUAUACUCGA